AUGUUCUUCUUCUUCGAUGUCACGAUUUCGUUCCGAGGUAUUGGUUUUCCUUUUUUAUUUUAUUUCAUUUGUUCUGUUUGGUUUCCGAGAAAACUGAACCGAACUGCUGCGAACGGAUUUACUUCAUCUGGAUUUGGAUGUAACAGGUGCUGUCAGUACUCACAGCGCGGCGCUGUUGAGUUGAAUUUCGCUGGUUUUGAGUUGCUUUGUGAUUAUUUUUUCUCGGCAACCAAACAGGAGGAAUCGAAAUUUGCUGUGAUUAUUUCCCUCUCUUUUCCGCGUUUGAAAGGUUUUGGCGCUGUCGAAUUUCUUUUGAGACGGAUCUCUUCCUAUUGUUCUCGCUUUGUUUCUUUUGCAGUAGCAUCACCACAAUACCUUCUUCAGAGUCUGCUCACUUUCACCACAACGGCUUUACUCUUCACUGUGUUUCGUGUCACCAACAAUGAAAGGCGGUAUUCCCUGUAUCCACUCCUUGUCAGGGAAGAUCUGAAGCAGCGAAAACCGUAUACAAUCACAAAGCAAAGGGAACGAUGGACAGAGGAGGAGCAUAAUAGGUUUCUAGAAGCUUUGAAACUGCACGGGCGAGCAUGGCAGCGCAUAGAAGAGCAUAUAGGAACAAAGACUGCCGUUCAAAUCAGGAGCCAUGCACAGAAGUUUUUUACAAAGAGGUUCUAUAACCAUGUGGUUGGGAAGGUUUUGGGGAUAAUUGGUUCUUCUGAACGAUGGCCCAAAAAAGUGAGAUAUGCAUGUGCUGUGGUGAAGAAGCAUGGUAACCUACAAGCACUUAUAACAAUACUUGCAGAGUUUGAUUCAGUCAUAAAGCAAGAUAGAGUUAUGUUUGGGCUUCCUGAUAAUUUGUGGCAACUUGCAAUACCAUCAAUUAGAGGGGAAGGCUGCAUACAAUUGCCCUCCCCUAUUCCUUCUCGAAGCGAGGAACAUCCAACAUUGGAGUAUGCUAGUUUAUUGGAGAAAGAGGCCCUUGUAAAGGGUGUUCCAAUUGGACAAGCUCUUCAUAUCGAUAUUCCCCCUCCACGGCCUAAAAGAAAACCAAGCAAUCCUUAUCCUCGAAAGACCAGGAUUGGUACCGCAACAUUACAUAGUGGAGCAAAGGAUGGAAAACUCAAUUUAGUUGAAUCUUCACAUGUCAACCAAGCACUGGACUUGGAAAAAGAACCACUUCCGGAGAAAUAUGAUUUAGACGAAGGGCCAACAAAAUCAAAGGAGAAUAAGAAUGAGAACUGCUCAGAAUUAUUUACAGUUGUCCAGGAGGUACCCUGUUCCUCUAUAUCUUCAGCAAACAAAAGUUCAAUAUCAAUGGCAGUGCCGCUGGGACAUUCAUGCGCCUUUAAAGGGAUUACAACUUCAGUGAAAGAGGUAAUAGCUCGUGAUGAAAAAACUGAAUCAUUUGUGACUGUUGAACUUGAAAAUGGGAAUUUGGAGAUCAAUGAUGGAAAACAGACUAAAGGCACUAGUAAAAACUCCACGUUAGAGAAUUUUGAUGCUUUACAAAUGAACUUGGUUCAAAAUGAGAAAGCAGAUGGUCUCGAUUGUGCAUUAACAGUGGAUGGGAUGCAAGGCAAUCAGAAUUACCCUAGACAUGUUACUGUGCACGUUGUUGACGGGAACCUUGGAACAAGUACUCAAAAUCCAUCACAAGAUAUGUUGUUUCGAGACUCCAUGUUUCAGCCAAUAGGAGGGGUUAAUGGGCAACCAAAUCUUUUCACCAAUUCAGCUCCAUCGAACACAAGUGAAAGUCAAAAUAACACUGCACGAUCUUCUGUUCAUCAAUCAUUUCCUCCUUAUCCUCCCUUCACACAGCACAACCAAGAUGAUUACCAAUCCUUUCUUCAUAUGUCUUCCACAUUUUCGAAUCUUAUUGUCUCUACCUUGGUGCAAAACCCGGCAGCCCAUGCUGCAGCAAGUUUUGCUGCUACAUUUUGGCCCUAUGCAAAUCCAGAACCUUCUGCAGAUUCUCCUAGGUGCUCCCAAGGAGGUUUUACAUCUAGACAAAUCGGUAGCCCUCCAAGCGUUGCAGCUAUUGCAGCUGCUACUGUAGCUGCUGCAACAGCAUGGUGGGCAGCUCAUGGAUUGCUUCCUUUGUGUGCUCCUCUUCAUACUGCUUUUGCCUGUCCUCCUGCAUCGGUGACGGCAGUCCCAUCAAUGAAUACUGCUGAAGCACCAGCUCUAAAGGCGGAGCAAGAAAAGAGUACUCUACAAAAUCCUCCUAUGCAAGAUGAGAUUAUGCUUCCAGAAUACUCGGAAGCUCCACAAGCUCAACAUUCAGCUUUAAAGUCACCAGCUGCCAUUUCAUCAGAUUCUGAGAGUGGAGAUGCCAAGUUAAAUACUUCACCAAAGGCUACAGAUCAUGAGACGAACCAAAAAAUUUCUGAGCACCUUGAUUCCAACAAAACGAAAGGUAGAAAACAGGUUGACCGUUCCUCGUGUGGUUCCAACACAGCCUCAAGCAGCGAUGUGGAAACUGAUGCACUAGGGAAGGAUGAGAAAGAGAAGGAAGAGCCUGAAACACCUGAUGCUAACCAUUUAGCCAUUGAGUUUAGUAAUCGUCGUAGAAGCAUUUGCAACCUUACUGAUUCUUGGAAAGAGGUCUCUGAAGAGGGGAGACUAGCCUUUCAGGCUCUAUUCUCCAGAGAGGUGUUGCCUCAAAGCUUUUCACCUCCUCAUGCUUUGAAGAACAAGGAUCACCAAAUGAACAUCAUCAAUGAUAACAAGCAAAACAUAUAUGACAAAAAUGAAGACCUUGACAGCAAGAAAUGCAGUUCUAAUUGUAAAGCAAUGCCGAAAAACCCGCCAUUUGUAGAAGAAAAUAACGAGGGACUGUUAACCAUAGGGCUUGGACAAGGAAAGCUUAAGACUCGUCGAACAGGCUUCAAACCCUACAAAAGAUGUUCCGUGGAGGCCAAGGAAAAUAGGGUUGGAGCGACCAAUCAAGGUGAAGAAAAAGGUUGUAAGAGAAUACGUUUGGAAGGGGAGACUUCUACUUGA